GCUGAGUUCUGCUGAGGUAGGUGAGUGAUAACAGGGCAUACAGCUGCAAGCCUUUGCUCACAUUUGUGAAAUCAAUUAUCCUAAUGGAAGAGAUAAAAGAAAGCUUAACAUUCAAAGGUGUUGCUGAGAGACUGACGCUUGGCAUUACUCGGAUACUCGAGAACAUGCCUGGUGUGGUCGAUGUGCGUUUUGUAGAGAGGGAGCCUGCAGAGAAGAGGAGCCUGCUGUCAUGGGAACAGAAAAACACUUGUAUUUUGCCAGAGGACCUGCGAGAUUUCUAUCUUACAACUGAUGGAUUAACACUCACCUGGAGCGUUAAACUAGACAAUGAGUGUGUUCCCCUAGGAUGCAUGAUGAUUAACAGCGUGGCUAGGCUGGGCCCACUCCUCCAACCAGUAUCAUUAUUCUCUCUACCCAAUGCACCCUCACUGGCUGACCUGGACUGGGAGGAGGACAAGACAGAAAGAGGGACGGGGAAUGCUCCUGCUCCACCCCAUUUUGAUUCCCGGUGCCGCAUCUUCGAGAUGGAUUCCUGUGGUGGGAAUGGAAAAGUGUGUCUCGUCUACAAAAACUGCACACCAGGUGUGGUAGCCCAGCAGAGUGAAAUUUGGUUCCUUGACCGCUCGCUGUGUUGGCAUUUACUGACCUCAACCUUCACCUCCUACUACCGACUGAUGAUCACUCACCUGGGUCUGCCUGAGUGGCAGUAUGCCUUCACCCCAUAUGGCCCCAGCCCCCAGGCCAAGCAGUGGGCAUCGUUGUACCAGCCACUGACUUUCAGCAGUGAGCUCAGCUUGGCUGAUCCUGCUGCAGAUUCCCAUCUCAACAAGCUGGAUCCUACAAGGGCCUUCAAAGGCAAAGCCAAGACACCUGUCCCUAAGAAGAAGCUGUCGACACAGUGCAUCUUAGGAAGCACUGCAAAGAGCCAAGGCAGCACAGGAAGACACAGUGGGGGAAGGCGAUGA